GGGGGUUGGGCUGGACUGGAGCCCCCUGAGCCCAGGCCGGCUGCUGUCCGGGGACGUCCGCGGGCGCAUCCAUCGCUGGGAGCCGCGCGAGGGCGGCUGGGCCGUGGACCAGCGGCCGCUGCUCGGCCACGGCGGCAGCGUGGAGGACAUCCAGUGGUCGCCCAGCGAGGCCCAGGUGUUCAUCUCGUGCUCCUCGGACGCCUCCAUCCGCGUGUGGGACGUGCGGGCGCCGCCGGGCCGGGCGUGCCAGCUCAGCGUGGCCGCCGCGCACGACGGCGACGUCAACGUGCUCAGCUGGAGCCGGCGCGAGGGGCCCGCGCUGCUCAGCGGCGGCGACGACGGCGCCCUGCGCCUCUGGGACCUCCGCAGCAUCCGGGGCAGCCCCUCGAGCGUGGCCACCUUCAAGCAGCACCGCGGGCCCAUCACGUCCGUGCAGUGGCACCCGGGCGAGAGCGGCGUGCUGGCGGCCGCGGGCGAGGACGACCUGGUGACCCAGUGGGACCUGGGCGUGGAGAGAGACCCCCAGGACGAGGGCAGGGGGCCGGGGAGGGCGGGGGGGCUGGAGGAGCUGCCCCCCCAGCUGCUGUUCCUGCACCAGGGCGAGAGGGAGGUCAAGGAGCUGCACUGGCACCCGCAGUGCCCGGGGCUGCUGCUGUGCACGGGCCGCGAGGGCAUCGCCGCCUUCCGCACCAUCAGCGUGUGAGAGCAAAAUUCUGGGGUGAAAACACCCGAAAUUGGGUCAGGAGUGUUCAAAUUGGGGUCAGGAGUGUUCAAAAUGGGGUCAGGAGUGUUCAAAUAGGGGUGGGAAUGGCACCCGCAGUGCCCGGGGCUGCUGCUGUGCACGGGGCGGGAGGGCAUCGCCGCCUUCCGCACCAUCAGCGUCUGACAGCAAAAUUCUGGGGUGAAAACGUCAAAAAUUGGGUCAGGAGUGUUCAAAUUGGGGUGGGAACAGCAGGAAUUGGGGAGGGAACCUCCCAGUGCCCGGGGCUGCUGCGAUGGCAUCGCUGCCUUCGUACCAUCAGUGUCUGACAUUGAAAUCGGGGUAAAAACACCCCAAAAUUGGGGUGAAAUCACCGAAAAUUGGGGUCAGGAACGCCCAAAAUGGGGGGUGGCAAUUCCUGAAGUGGAAAUGGGACCCCAAAAUGGGGCAGGAAUCCCUCUCAAAUUCAGGGGUCUCUGUCCCCCAAAUUCAGGGGUCUCUCAACCCCCAAUUCAGGGGUCUCUGCCCCCAAUUCAGGGGUCUCUGUGCCCCCAAUUCAGGGGUCUCUGUGCCCCCCAAUUCAGGGGUCUCUGAACCCCAAUUCAGGGUUCUCUGUGCCCCCAAUUCAGGGGUCUCUGUGCCCCCAAUUCAGGGUUCUCUGUGCCCCCAAUUCAGGGGUCUCUGUGCCCCCAAUUCAGGGUUCUCUGUGCCCCCAAUUGAGGGGUCUCUGCCCCCCUAAUUUAGGGGUCUGUGCCCCCCCAAUUCAGGGGUCUCUGAACCCCCCAAAUUCAGGUGUCUCUUCCCCCAAAUUUAGGGCGACUCUGCCAGUGAAACACCGCCGAACGGCUCCAAAAAAAUCAAUUUUAUUUUAAUUACUACUAUUAAUAAAAAAAGUUCUUUUAA